GAGAAAAUGUUUUAAAAAAAAGAUAAAAUUUAAUUGAAUUGACUAAAUUGUGUUUUCAUGCUUUUCUAAACGUUCUCCGUUCGUUCCUGCGUUGUGCAAGAUCUGAUCGCAUCGAAGGCUACUCCAGAGGAUCCCCCGUAUAGAAGCUUAUCCCAAUUGAUGGCAUCCAAAUCUUCAAUUAAGUUUUUAAUUGUGUCGACUGUGUAGGGCUGCCACCUCAAUAGUAGUCGAGAGAGUUGCCAGCAAACCUGCUUCUAUCUGACAACUGGUCGAUUGUUUGCCAUUCACCCGGUGACGAGAGCAGCAAAAACGCAAGCAAAGCAGCCAAGAGCCACAGAAACCUCAAAUCAUGGAUAGCGCCGGUAAAAAUCGUUAUGAACUCUUGUUCAUGGACGAUGAUGUUUCCGAACCAUUAGAUAAUCUUGUGGCGGCGACCGCUGCCGUAGCAGCCGCAACAGCAGCCAGCAAGAAGAAGCAGCCACAGCCUGCCGCGGGCGGUGCUGCCGCCGCAUCGGCAGCCACCAAGAGUGGCGCCGUCAAGGUGGCCAAGACAGCAGCCGCUGGCGGAGGACCAAACGCUAAGAAACCAAAUCAGGCCGAAAAGGAGAACAAGCCAAAUGCUCUCAACAAAAAUAACAACAACAACGAAGGCAAGAAGCCCGCUACUACCACGGACAAACAGUUCAACAAAGACAACAGCAGCGGCGGUUACAAGCAAGGCGGCAGCGGCGGCGGUGGUGCUCCCCGUCCAGGCGGCGGCGGCUUUGGCAACAGAACACGUGAAUUCGGCACCGGUCAAGGGCAGGGACAGGAGCGGGAACAACGCGGACAGGGCCAGCAGCGUGAGCGCAACGUGAACUUCCGUCAACAGAAUGGUGGUGGCGUGCGCGAUGGAAAUGGAAAUGGCAACUACGAAACACGUGAGCAGCGCAACAACCGUCGCAAUGUCCGUGAGAAUGGCCCUGGUGGACCUCCCGAUGGUCAGCCCCGUCCGUAUCGCGGCCAGGGUAACAGUGGAGCUGGCGGUGAUCGCCCACCUCGCCAGAACCGCAACUUUGAUGGACAGAACAGGAAGCGGGAAUUCGAUCGUCAGUCUGGAUCCGACAAAACUGGUGUUAAGGCAAUUGAUAAGCGCGAUGGAGCUGGCGCCCACAACUGGGGUUCGGUCAAGGAGGCCAUUGAUGAUGUGAACAAGAACGAAAGCGAGACAAGUGUGAACAAUGCCGAUGGAGAAAACAAGGCCAACGAGUCUGGAAAUGAACAGCAGAGCGAGCAGCAGGCAGCCGCCGAGGAAGAGACCAAAGAGCUGACAUUGGACGAGUGGAAGGCACAGCAGGGGCAGCGCACUAAGCCCACCUUCAAUAUACGCAAGGCCGGAGAAGGUGAGGACACAUCGCAGUGGAAGAAGAUGGUCGUACUGACCAGCAACAAAAAGAAGGAAAAUGAGAGCGAAGAGGAACUUGAAUACGACCCUGCCAUGUACCCACAGCGCGUUGGCCGCCAGCAGCGCGUUCUCAAUAUCCAGUUUAACUUCAAUGACGGUCGUCGCGGUCCAGGCGGCUUCGGCGGACGCGGUGGUCGCGGCGGACCACGUGUCGGCGGCGGUAUUGGUCGCGAUGGACCCCGUCCUGAGGGCGGCAAUCGUGGCGGACCACGUGAUGGACCCCGUGAUGGCCCGCCAUCGGGUCCUCGCCAGAACACUGAGGAAGGAGCUGCUGCUGGUGGUGGUGCCACAUCGGCACCAACAAACAACCGGCCGCCAAUCGAGCGUCGCGGUCCGGGAGCCAACAACAGUGGUGGUGGUGCUGGCGGUUUGGGCGGUGGCGCCAAGCGUUUCGGAAAUGAGCGGCAACAGAAUGCCGCCCCCAAGGUGAACGAUGAGCGCCAGUUCCCGACACUGGCCUAAGCGAGGAGUUCCUCAAAUUUUAAACACAUUUUGGUGACUGAUCUGGGAUUGUUCGCGGCGGCAAUGGUGUACUAGAAGGACUAGCUAGCUAGCAGGCGGCUCUGGAGCAGGUUACCAAAAUGAAAAACUAAUAAAUUACAUAUAUCACAGACAAAUACAAGAAACAAAUUUCUAAAACAAAUUGUAGCCGCCAUGAAAAGCCAAAAGCAACAAAACAACAACACGAAACAGCUAUGCAGAAAAUGGAAAAUAAAAAUAAUACAUAUAUAUAGAAAUAUAUGAUGAAAACAAAAGCAAUUUUAGUUUAUGCGUGGCGCUCACUAAUCAGGUUUUUUACAAGUAAAAUCGCGAUCAAGCUGAAACUUCGUAUAAACUAGUCGGAAGAAGAAGAAGGAAGAAAAGAAGAGAAGACACUACUGACACACACCACCCACACCCACACCUGCACACACAUCCCCAUUUCAUUUAGGAUUGAAAAAUUGUAAUUGAAAUGUCAUGUCCAUUCAAAAUCGACAUUCGUAUAAGAGAGAGAGAUUUGUUUUCCAUUAUGGCGGCUGCGGCGUUUAAGAGAAAUUAUUUUAUUACAACAGGCAAAUG